AUGCAUUCUCUUCAGCUUCUCUUCAAGACCAGCGCUGCUGCCCUGCUCCUGGGUCUCUGCCUGAUACUGCGGACUGGCACAGCUCAAGGACAAAUACAGAACGUAAUUUCAGCGAAUCUGACAACUUCUCAGACUGACAACUCAACGGGUUAUGUGAUAACACUUGCAGUUUCAAAUUUCAUAUCUCAAUGCAUAGUGGUUAAAAACACAUUGGAAGUCUCUGACACGGUCUUUUUUCCUUACGGUAAUUUUCGUUUUACCAGCUGUCUGUGUGGUAUUAGUACAAGAAGAUUCUUCUGGGAGAUAGAAGCACCUGAAAAUGGGAUCAUAACAGGGAAGGCUCAAGUUGUGUCAGAAGAGAAUAUAUGCCCUCCUGGUGUGAAUAUCUCCACCCCUGUUUAUGAAAUUGUUAUCACACGUGAUGUCAUUAUAACACUCUGA